AUGCUCCAAAACCGGCUGUUUUUUCGUCAUAUUGUCGCAAAUUUUGCUUCUUCGUCGGCAGCAGCAGAAUACAGAGAAUCUGAUGAAUCUUCGAAAACUGCCAUCACCGCUGUGAAUGCACUCACAAAUGCUCGAUCUAUUGUUCAAGUAUCACCGAAAGAAAGUGUUGGAAAGCGAUUCAGGUAUUUAUUUUUCAAUACAUUAAAAAAAAAGUUAUUCAGGCGAGAAUUCAAUCUUCCUCAAAAAGCAAUUGAUGGACUUCGCAAUACUGUGGUGACUUGCGAAAGACCCGCAAAGCAAUUACAAAAUGAGGCUGAUCAACUAACAAGUAAAUUAGAACAACGUCGGUUCCCAGAAUCUCCUGAAAAGCUGAAAAAAGUGAGAGACGAAGUGAAAAGAAAGUUAAAAUCUGGAAAACGUGGUGAAAUUUCGGAUUUCGACAAGGAAGCAUUUGGAGGAAAAGUACAAGAAGCACAGCAAUAUGAAAUACGAAAUGAGGUUGAUCGGAUUCUUAAAAAGGCGAACUUCAAUUGGAAACCAUUGGAAAUAACCUCAAAAGAAGCUGCUGCCGCGUAUUCGUUAGCACGAUUGGCACCUAAUUACGCAGAAAUCUCGAGAUGUCUCGAAGAAUUCAACAGUAUUCCAGAUUUUCAACCAGAGACUAUUCUAGAUUAUGGUAGUGGAUCGGGUGCAGGGUUUUGGGCGGCGACUAGUCGGUGGGAUAAUGUUAAAGAGAUCACUAUGGUUGAUUUGUCUGAUGCGAUUAUGAAGUUUUCAAUGGAUUCUUUGAGAAAAAAUCACAAUCCAGCUGAUGGAAUAGACAAUGGAAGACCAUUUGUUCAUGACAAUAUUAACUUCCGACGUCAUUUGAUUCCAUCUCUAAAUACCACGUAUGACGUCGUGAUAGCUCAUCGAGUUCUUUGUGAAAUUGGUUCCUCCGAGACCCGUCUUCAAUUGAUCGAGUCACUCUGGAAAAGAACAAAUCGAUUUUUGGUUCUAAUUGAAUCAUCACAAUCUGGAGCGUUCGGUGGAAUUUUGGAGGCGAGAGACUUCAUUUUAUCGCAAGGAACACUUGUAGAUUAUCGGAAACUUCUGAAAACACUAGAUGAAAAAGUGAUGUUGUCUCCAAAAGUUGUUCGAAUUGUCGAGGAUUAUAAUCUCAGUGAUUAUGAGAAGUUCGUGUUAUUGAAUGAAUCAGUACCACCUGGAGAAGUUGUACCAACUAUGCUUCCAACAGGAACAGUUAUGGCACCGUGCCCACACGAUUUGGGUUGUCCACUAGGAGUGCAUAGUUCUUGUACAUUCAGUUCGAGAUUUCAGCCGAUUCGAGCCGAUGGGAAAAGAUCGGAAAAAGAAUCUGACGGUACUGAAGUUUCCAAAUUUACUUUCAUGAUUAUCGAGAAGUCAGCACGAAAAGUCAACGAGCACACUGAACGGAUUCUGAAAAAUCGGAAGCUAGGUGGACAUGUGACAUGCGACGUUUGUACCGCCUUCCGUGGAAUUCAACGUGUUACGCUGUCGAAAAAACAUGGAGAAAUGUACACAGCGAUACGCAGUCGACGAGACGGAGACGUUCUACCGAUCAACCUACGAACAAUGACCUCUUCUGGAAUUUUCGACGUUGAUAAUUAA